AUGCUGUGUAAAGUCUUCUGGGCCUCUGGAUCUUUUUACUUUUGUUCCCACAAAGUGCUUUCCAUCAAGAAACUCAAGAUGCUUUUGAACUUCCGCAUCGUUGUCCUGGCUGUGCUCGCAUGGCUGGGAUCUGCGAAGGACAUCCUCCAGAAAGGCGCCCUGAACGCUGACGACGAGUGCGUGGCUGAGGGUGAAGGCUGCGGGCUCAAUGCCCUGCAGCUCAGAGGCGCCUCUGUCGGCGUGCCGAUUGUCGGGGACGUCAUCGAUGAGCUGGAGGACCCAGAUGACGAGAUUGAGGAGGCCGAUGAGGAAGAGGAGGAAGAGGAGGAAAAGCCGGCAACUGCCAACACGACGGAGCAGCCUGCGACUCCGGAGCCGGAGCAAUCAGAGGAGGAGGAGAAAGAUGAGGAGAAGGAGGAGGAUGAGGAGCAGGAGCAGGAAGAGGAGGAGGAGGAUCCGGUGACAACGACGACGAAUGCCGGCGAACCCCAUCCCGAGGAUGCGGUCUGUGCAAAACCCGAGCAGCAGUGCGGCGGCCAGUGGUACUACGGGCCCGCCUGCUGCACUCACGGACACAUCUGCUACGAGGUGAACCAGUACUACUCGCAGUGCGUGACCCACGAAAAAGCUGAGGAGAUGGCCAGGCUGGAGAACAUGACGACCACAACCACGACAACCACCAAUGCAGAUCCGCAGCACUGCCGUGUGGGUUACGAGCAAUGUGGUGGCUAUGACAAAGCUACCGGAACCAAUUACUCCGGCACCACAUGCUGUCACGCGGGCUUCUAUUGCAAGAAGACCGACGACUACUUCUCGCAGUGUGCCCCCGUCGACCGGAACAGCUCCUUCAUGCCGUACAAGCCGACGGAGAAGCUGGAGGAGCCGAGCAAGGCGCCCCUCUUCACCUUCUACGUCUAUCGCGCGGCACGCGAGGAUGAUGACUAUGUCGAGAACAUCAAUGUUGGAGAUCUUGCUGGCACCUUGUGGUAUCUGCACAACGAGGUCGUGUGGGUGAAACCCCGCAAGUUCGGAAUCUCUCGCAUCAUCCGGUACAAGAUUUCGACUCGUGCAACACAGCCUCUGUACGAUUUGGGAAUGAACUUCGGUGUCCGCUACUCCUACGACGCAGCCCAGUGCACUGGACCGUGGUCGUGCGAUUUGAACUACGAGAAGUUUGGGUACUUUGUUGGAUGCAACAACUUGGGCAUGUUCCCUUUUCCGCUUUACGACACGCACUAUCCUGAUGCAGUUUGGUAUGCGCUCCCCGGGGACUGCUCCUCCAAGGAUUACGAGGACAAGGACCCGAAAUGCAUCGCAGAGCAACCCGGCGGCCGCUGCGAGGGUGAGCCAACAGGGCAAGGCAACUGUACCUACAGCAUCGAGAUCAUGGGCGCCGUCACGAUUGACGAAAUCGAGGGAAUCUCGAACUACCAUGACUUCAUCCACACAGGAGACCAGGUCGAGUACAACAAGACCACGGACAAGGGUGUGGGCAUGACUUUCUGGGACCACAUGAACGACACGGCCAAGAAUGCAGAACGUGUGGAGAAGGUCCGGAAGAUCUUCGAAACGAAGUUUCCGGACCAGGCCACCGAUGAGGACAUGAAGCCUCCAGCAUGCGACUUUGACUUCGAGGUCUUUUAUAACACAACCACGACCACAACCACAACCACAACCACCAUCAGCACUUCAACAACCACCACAACCACUACAACCACUACAACCACCACAACCGCCGCAGCGACUACAACUGCCACUACGGAAAGCGCGGCCACCACGGCUGCGUCAACCACGGAAGCCUCGACCACGGUUGCUGCUGCGACAACCGUCAGCAGCACUGUGAGCGAGACUACGUCAGCCACUGAGGUUGCCACUGCUGCCCCCAGCACCACCACAACGACUGCAGCUGUUGAGAGCACAACGGCUGAGACUGAAGCAAACGCCUCCGAGUCAGAGUCCUCUGUUGAGGCCACAACCAGCUCCCCUAUCAGUAAUGUUUCCACCACCCUGACAUCAACUCCAAAGGGUUGCAAGGAUGCUGUCAUGGGCUCCCACUGCUACUCGUCAGUGAUCUGGGCCAUGGAGCAUGGUCUCAAGCUGCAUCCGACGUGGUACCCGGGCCUUACGUCCGAGUCCACCUUCGCUGAGUUCCAGGAACGAGUGCACCACGUCACGCCGGACGUGUGCCCGGUGCCCUGCACGGCGAAAGCAGGCUGCCAUGAUUCGGUGGAGGGUGAGUCCUGCUACUCUGCCGUGAAGUGGGCCAUGAAAUCGGGCAUCAAGAAGCAUCCCCACUGGUACCCUGGGCUCACCAAGGAGUCCUCUUUCAAGGACUUCCAGGCAGCAGUGCACAAGAAGCUUCCAAAGAAGUGCAUGAUGCCUUGCUCAGCCUGA